UGUUUACACCAAAACCAAAGAAUCGAUUAUAUCGAUGUUUGAAUCGAUUUUUUCCCAGCUCUAUAAUGGAACCGGAACAAACAGCAAGCAGCACCGAGACCGAGUCCGGCAUUGAUCUGUUGGUCAUCGUGCUGGACACGAACCCAUCUCAGCACAUCGUCCGCCAGAACCCGCAGAACCUUACACAGAUAUUGGAGGCGGUGAUCGCUUUCGGCAAUGCGCAUCUCAUGCAGAAGGCACAGAACAAAUUGGCGGUCAUAUCCUGCGCCCAUCACGCAACAAAUUUCCUCUACCCGCAGCCGAGGCGACAGGUGGAACUGCGCCAGAUCGAUGGCCAGUACGAGGCCUUCAGUUUGGUGGAGAAGACAGUGAAGCAGCAGCUGGGCAGCAUUCUGAUGAAUGCCCCUAGCCUUGGUGCACCAUCUGAGAGCCUGCUGGCUGGCAGUAUGGCCAUGGCACUGUGCUACAUAUCAAGAUUGCAACGCAAUGUUGCCGCCGGCGUGAAGAUGCACUCUCGCAUCCUGGUGCUGACGGGCAGCAAUGAGUGCUCCUCCCAAUACAUGACGUUCAUGAAUGUCUUUUUUACCGCACAAAAACUUGGCAUUACCAUCGACACCUGCGCUUUGGAUAAAACCCUGAGCUUGCUGCAACAAGGCUGUGAUAUCACCACUGGCCAGUUCCUAAAGGUCACCCAGUUGGAUGGACUGCUUCAGUAUUUACUGUGGGUCUUCCUGCCGGCACCGCAGAUGCGACACAAAUUGGUAUUGCCGCCACCGCCAAAGGUGGACUAUCGCGCCUCCUGCUUCUGCCAUCGAGAGCUCAUCGACAUUGGCUACGUCUGCUCCGUUUGCCUAUCUGUGUUCUGCAAAUACAGCCCCAUUUGCACCACAUGCCACACAAUUUUCAAGACUCCGGGACCACUGCCCGUAAAGGCUAAAAAGAAAAAAAAGGAUAAGCAAAUGUAACUUCAAGCGAAGCUGUCGAACCAUCACAGUAAAUAUGCAUAAAGAUUCGUAUAAAGACAUUAGAUACGUAGCGGAAUUCGAUGGAUGGGCAUUACACUUUGAUUUCGGUUCCUUUGUAUUCUAUAAAAACAAAUCCCAUCAUCGCACACAAAGAUGAAAACUCAGUCCAUUUACGCCUCAGUUUCUAUUCAGGAACAAUUUUUUUUUAAUUUCAUACAUUUCUUGUAAUUUUACUAAAAUACAUUGGGCCAAAGUUGGCUGGCAGAUAGGGUA